ACUCUGUGUGACGUGUCACGCACUGCCCACCCCCUCUACGUCCUACGGUCAUUGUUCGGGCUUGUUCUAGCUAAUGUGCUAGUUAGAAGCUAGUCAAAAUAUCAAAGAGGUUUUAACUUUUCAUGCAUCGCUAUAAGACCGUUUAAGGCUACAACGGAAAUCUGAGAGAUCGCAAAAGUAACAAUGAGCAAGAGGAAAGCGCCGCAGGAAUCCCUAAAUGAAGGAAUAACAGACUUUCUUGUGGAGCUGGCCAAUUAUGAGAAAAACGUCAACAGGGCAAUACACAAGUACAAUGCUUACAGGAAAGCGGCAUCUACCAUCUCCAAGUACCCAAACAAAAUAAGAAAUGGGGAAGAGGCCAAGAAAUUGGAUGGUGUUGGAGCUAAAAUAGCAGAGAAGAUUGAUGAGUUCCUACAAACUGGCAAACUACGGAAACUGGAAAAGAUUCGCAACGAUGACACCAGCUCUUCCAUCAAUUUCCUCACCAGAGUCACUGGAAUUGGCCCUGCUGCUGCCAGGAAGUUUUUUGAAGAAGGGGUGAAGACAUUAGAAGAUUUGAAAAAGAUUGAGCAUAAGCUCAACCAUCAUCAACAAAUUGGACUCAAGUACUUUGAGGAAUUUGAGAAAAGGAUUCCUCGUGCUGAAAUGGAACAGAUGGAGACUCUUAUUCUUGGAGAGUUGGAGAAGAUCGACACAGAAUAUAUUGGGACGAUCUGUGGAAGUUACAGGAGAGGUGCAGCAUCAAGUGGUGAUAUUGAUAUUUUGCUGACCCACCCAGACUACACAUCUCAGACUCAGAAGCAGCCCAAGCUCCUCCAUGCUGUGGUCGAGCACUUGGAGUCCAUUGGGUUUGUGACUGACACUCUGUCCAAAGGGGACACUAAGUUCAUGGGAGUCUGCCAGCUGCAGCAGAGUGAUGAAGAUGAGGAAGAAUACCUUCACAGGCGUAUUGAUAUAAGGUUAAUUCCCAAGGACCAGUACUACUGUGGAGUUCUGUAUUUCACUGGAAGUGAUAUCUUCAAUAAAAACAUGAGAACUCAUGCUCUGGAGAAGGGCUUCACUCUUAAUGAGUACACCAUACGACCACUCGGCGUCACUGGUAUGGCAGGGGAGCCUCUGUUGGUGGACAGUGAGAGAGACAUCUUUGAGUAUAUCCACUACAAAUACAGAGAGCCAAAGGAACGCAGCGAGUGAAGCAAAGGACAACUCACAGUUACUGUAUUUGAGGCUACAGUUUCCCUACAGAUCAGAAGCAUGUGUACAAAUGUGUGUGUUUGCAUUCUAGUCAACUAUGUUUUAACUAUGAAAAGAAAACAACUGUGAAAGUCUUUUUUAUUUGUUGUACUUGUUUUUUCUAUUGAAAUCAUCCACUUUUAAUGACAUUUUCAGCAAAACGCACACAUGCUCUGCACAACAAAAUUACGAUGUUUAUAUCUUUGGUUCAAUUCUUCAUGUAGUGUCUUUCUGAAGGCUUUUGGGCUUCAUAUUUUAGCAGGUUAUUAAAUUACGAUGUCAACAAUAAUUUAUUUUUUACCCCACAUGUAUACUUUUGAUAUGCCAAAAAGGGAUUAUACCAUAACCUGAGAGAGUCAUCUUUAGGAGGACAAGGUUCUGUUACAGUUGGUGUUUGAAUCAUGUAUAAUGAUAGACCACAAAACUAGCCUUUAAUACUUUACCUGAGUUGUGCAAAUGUGUUUUAAUGUAUAAUUGUUACAUAUCCAAACAACACAGUUGUAUAAUUUUAAUAGUUGUUUUUUAAAAUCUCAUUCGCCAUAGAUAUGUAAGAGUGUGCGUUUUAACCUGAAGUAUUUUUAAUUUGGGCAAACUGAAAUAGGAAACUUGAUGAGGCAAAUGCUAUUUGUAGUUAAUGGGCUCCAUUUCUGCUUAUGGGUGCUAAUUAAAAAAAAUAUAAUCGAUUUGUUGAGAUAAAUGAGAAAACAUAUUCCUCAAUUGCUGAUUGAGGUGUGAGUGUGACUGUUAUACCGGUAGCCUGGAUUCAUCUCUUGUAUGCGGUCAUGUGAACAUGAUGUGUUAUGUGUCAGUUCAGGACAAUAUUCAUUGUGUCUUAAGUGUUUUCUUAGGGGAGGCAUUUUAAAAGCAGUAGAUAAAAAUAAGUGACCCAGGUAACAAAUACUGCUUCAAUGUACUCUGGUGUUACAGAUUUUAAUCUGUAGCACAAAACUUGAACAUUAGGAUUAGGACUUGGAUUCAGUUUGUGUGUGGGUGAUUGCAAACAUUUCUGAAAAUAUUUAAGAAAAGGAGGGGAAACUGUGGAUUUGUGAAUGUCCAACUGUAAACUUUGAGCAUGUACGAGUGAAAUAAAUUGAUAAAGAAAUUAUACAA